UUACUAUGAAAUGGGCGAAGAGCACGGAGUACGGGAGUGGGAUGAUGGGGCAUCUGAUUGCGACCUCGGCCACCGUAAUGCCAAGGCCUUCCAACCGAACCAUGAGCAUGGAUUGAUGGUUUCCCUGCGCAACUUCAAGUUGGCCUCUCAUCUCUGCACCGCGCCGGAGAGUCAAUUGCGCCUUCGGGAAGCCUCCCUCACCUCCACCGUCUCUCCAUCAGAUCCUCCAUCUCCUUUCUCCACUCCUAGCUCGGCACAAUGGCUCCUCUGGCGGAACAGGUCGUAGACGACCUUAAGCAGCACAUUGCUCGGCUCGAAGGUCGCAUCGCAGAGCUCGAGGGCAAGCUGGCACCAGGUCAUGCCGGCGCGCCUGCUCCGACCACACCAGAGGGCGUUCGCAUGAUUCUAAUAGGCCCUCCUGGUGCAGGCAAGGGAACUCAGGCCCCCAAGAUCAAGGAGAAGUUCUGCGUCUGCCAUCUCGCCACUGGCGACAUGCUGCGCGCUCAAGUCGCGAAGAAGACUCCUCUUGGACGCGAAGCAAAGAAGAUCAUGGAUGCCGGGGGCCUCGUCAGCGACGAGAUCGUGGUGAACAUGAUUAAAAGCGAGUUGGAUAACAACACCGAGUGCAGAAACGGUUUCAUCCUCGACGGUUUCCCCAGAACCGUUACUCAGGCCGAGAAGCUCGACGAGAUGUUGGCUGCAAGCCGCAAGCCUCUCCAGCACGCCAUUGAGCUCAAGAUCGACGAUGCCCUGCUCGUCUCACGUAUUACUGGCCGUUUGAUCCACCCCGCUUCAGGUCGCUCUUAUCACAGCAUCUUCAAUCCGCCCAAGGAGCCUAUGAAGGAUGAUAUCACGGGCGAACCCUUGAUCCAGCGAUCCGACGACAAUGCUGACUCUCUGAAGAAGCGGUUGGUGACCUACCACACUCAGACCGCCCCUGUUGUCGAAUACUACCGGAAGACGGGCAUCUGGAAGGGCGUUGAUGCCAGCCAAGAGCCGGGACAGGUGUGGAAGAGUUUGUUGAAAAUAUUCGAUGAAAACAAGGCCUCCAGCCCCAGUGGAAGCCUCCUCAACAAGAUUACCCUCAAGAACUAGAGAAAUGGAGCCCCUCAUACACGGCCCCACCGUGUGGUCAAUGGAGCAUUUGCCCUCGAAAGGGUAGGCUCGAAGAUCCUAGUAAUGCCUCACGUUCAAAAACAACACGACAUCUAAAAGUUGGCCUUUGAUCUUUUGUUCGGCACCGCGUGGAAAGAGAAGAAGGACCAUGAUUGCACAUAGGAGGCAUAUGGGCGUGCACUCUUGCGCUUUGUACUUGUAAAAGGACCUCAUGAUUCAGGAUUUGGAUGGGUACUGUUCACAUAUGUAGUGUACGUUUUGCGGAUCCUGCGCCCUGCGAGCAAACGGGGCUGCGCAUAGCGGAUCGUCUUGCUCAUGGUAUAGACAAGAACAGAAGUAUUAUGACUGCGUAUGCGCAGCAGUAGUGUACUGUCAAUUUGUUUAUAAGCUUGCCUGACAAAUGUGGAAAAUAGCUAGUUUACCUAGUUUCUGGGAUAUUUUCGACUCUCCAGCUCUUUAAGUGGGUAGGCCCU